GGCUAUUGCUUCCUCUAUGAUGCAGGCCAACAGUGCAAAGGGCAGAGUGUGUGUCGUCGGUGCUGGCGUUGCGGGACUGGUGACAGGCAAAGUUUUGCGAGACGAUGGCUUCGCGGUCACGUUACUCACACGCGACGCGUCCCCUGGGGGCACCUGGGCGGCAGAGCGCGUGUAUCCUGCGCUCAAGAUAAACAGUGUUCAUGGCCACUACUGGCUUUCUGGGCUGCCGAUGCCCGAUCCGAAGGAUUCCCGGAAAACGGGCGGCAGAUUGACAGGAGAAAACGUGCGGAUGUACAUGGAGGCGUAUGCAGACACGUUUCUUAGCGGGUGCAUCAGGUUCAAUACCGAGGUUGUCCGUAUUGAGCGUGGGCCCGCAGGCUCCGGCUGGGUGGUGCGCGUCAGAUCCGCGGCGACAGGCGCACACGAGGCAGCGGCAGAGGAUCUGCACUUUGACAGGCUUGUGCUCUGUACAGGCGGCAUGAGCAGCCCGUUUGUACCGCCGAAUUUGGAGGCGGGCCGCAGCAAAUUCAGAGGCCCGGUGAUCCAUUCGUCCGCUUUCAAUGCAAACAUUCAUAAGAUCCUUGCCGCAUCCGAGUCGUCCUCGGAGGGGUCCACUCGCGGAACUGUCCUUGUCAUCGGCGGGGGGAAAUCGGCGCAGGAUAUUGCUGCCUACUUCGCGUCGCAGGGGCGUCGAGUUAAGAUAGUUUUUGAAAAGGUGGACGCUAUCCUCGCGAGUCCGGUCCCCCUGCCUGCUGCGAUUCGGAAGAGUCGAUUUAUGGCUGUUUUUGUCGGUCAUUAUCCCAUGAGAAGCCGUUUGGAGAAGUUUCUCCAUCAGACCACCCCUGGGAGCUGGCUCAUCCACGGAUUCAAUCAAUUUCUUCGAUGGAGCUCGUUCUUGACGUUUUCCGUCCCAAAACAGUCUCCUCUCCGCAAUUCACCCUCAAUUUUCUGGUCCUUGCGUACCAAUGACGAAGGUGUGGGCUCUCCUGACGGGUUUUACACCUUGACUCGUCAAAACAAAAUCGAAUUGCUGGCGCCUGCUCGUGCUGCAAGUUUCGGUGAUGAUGGGCAUUCCGUCAUACUCAACACGGGUGAAGUCAUAGACGCAGAGGCUGUAAUACUGGCCACAGGAUAUCAAUCAUCGUGGAAAGGCUUAUUUGAAGACGAACUUGCAGAUGAGGUAGGUCUUACGAAGCAGCAGCCGACAGAUUUUCACAAAUGGGAUUAUCCCUCUCUGGCCAAUCCGCCUCCAAGGCUGUCUGAAGCAGAGCACGCAACCACACUCAUAUAUCGAGGCCUGAUUCCCGCAAAGAGCAUCGACCGUCGCGAUUUCGCCAUCAACGGGGGAGUGUUCACGACGAACCCUGCAUAUCUUUUUGAGGCAUCGGCACACUGGAUUUCUUCUUACUUUCUGGAAGACUCCUUUUUGCACGUCCCGUCCUGUGAAGUUGCACUCAGAGAAUGUCAACGCGUCGCUGCAUGGAAUAGGCAACGCUAUCCCGACAUGUUCUUGUGGGCAAAUGAGAGUUACAGCACCAGCUUCGCCUUCUUCGAUUGGCCGCAAGCAGCCGACGAUCUGUUUGAAGAUAUGGGUCUUCGAACGAUGCGAAGUGGAGGGAACUGGCUCACUUGGAUAUUCCGACCCGUUGAUAACAAUGAACUUGCGACUUUGACGGGGGAGCGGAGAGCGAAAAGACUGGAGGCUACAUCGUGAAUUCACUAUGCCAUCCGGUGACCAGAAGUUUGGAGGUGAUGCGAGGUAGCAGAACUUUAUAUACUAAAUGAUUACCCUGUUACUGGAACGACUUGAGUCGCGGGAAGAUCUGAAGGAGUCGAUUGGGAGUAAUGGACACUGAGCUUUCACC